AUGGGAAGGAAGAGAUACAAGAAAGGACCGCUGCCGCAACAAAACCCUAGUGUUGCCGAAGAUACUCGCGUUCGAAUUUCUCAAAUUCUUGAAAGGUUCCGUGCUGCACCCGAUCAAGUUUACACAUUCGAAGCUAACCUGUCAAACUUUGACCGUGCUGUGGUACACGAGGUGUGCAAGAAAAUGGGUAUGAAGUCCAAGAGUUCUGGGAAAGGGGGUCAGCGAUGCGUUUCUGUUUACAAGAAUACAAAGAAGGUAGACGAUGUGAAGGGGAAGGAAAACCUCACUCAUUUGACAUUUUCAGGAGAAUCGAAGAUGGCUUUGGGAGAACUAUUUUCAAACUACCCGCCUGAAGAAGGAGGCUUUGGGGCAAAGCUAGGUGGAAAACAUAGUGGAACUGCUGGUAGAACACGACAGAAGAAAGAUGAUAUCUUCUCUAAAACUUCCAGUAAAAAAGCAGAAAUUGCAAAGAAGGUUGAAUCGUUUGCUUCUAGAAUAGAAAGGGACACCAAGUUAAAACAGAGUUUAAAGAUUUUAUGCAUUUCAGUGAUGGCUACUGGAGAGAUUGUUGAAGGGAGGUCUAAACUUCCAAUUGCAUCCUUUAGGGAUGUCAUUACAUCUACUAUAGAAUCUCACCAGGUUGUUCUCAUUUCUGGUGAGACUGGGUGUGGAAAGACCACACAGGUGCCACAAUUUCUUUUGGACCACAUGUGGGGAAAGGGUGAAGCAUGUAAAAUAGUAUGUACGCAACCUCGACGUAUCUCAGCAAUAUCAGUUGCUGAGAGGAUUUCUUAUGAAAGAGGAGAAAAUAUUGGAGAUGAUGUUGGAUACAAGGAGACAAUGUCUCUAACGAACUUUAAGGGCUUGCUUGGUUUCAGGGAAUUGAAAAGAAGUCUUCAUUCCAACUUUAGGUGUUUGGUAGUCAAUACUGAUAGAUAUGGAAUGCAAAUGAGUAAUGAGAUUCGUUUGGAGAGUAAAGGUGGGAAGCAUUCAUCAAUUGUGUUCUGUACAAAUGGGAUUAUAUUGAGGAUGCUGGUUUCCAAGGGCAUCAAUGGGUCACAGAUUGAAGCUAAUACACCAGCCAACGAAAAUGUUUCUGAUUUAACACACAUUAUUGUGGAUGAAAUUCAUGAAAGGGAUCGCUUCUCUGAUUUCAUGUUGGCAAUUAUCAGGGACAUACUUCCUUCACAUCCUCAUCUUCGUCUGAUAUUGAUGAGUGCGACUCUUGAUGCUGAACGAUUUUCACAAUAUUUUGGUGGCUGCCCAAUUAUCCAUGUUCCUGGGUUCACUUAUCCUGUCAAAACUUUCCAUUUGGAGGAUGUGCUUUCUAUCUUAAAUUCCAGAGAUAAUAAUCAUCUCAGUUCUGCUAUGCCAAAUUUUCGGGAUGAAGGUCAUGAGUUAACAGAGGAAGACAAAGCUGCUUUAGAUGAAGCUAUUAACUUUGCUUGGUCAAAUGAUGAGUUUGAUUCCCUCCGAGAUUUGAUUUCUUCUGAAGGAACCCCCAAGUUGUACAAUUAUCAGCAUUCGGUGAGUGGGCUGUCGCCACUAAUGGUCUUUGCUGGAAAGGGUAAGGUUGGGGAUGUUUGCAUGCUCCUUUCUGUGGGUGCAAACUGCAAUUUACAGGCAAAGGGUGGAUUAACAGCACUGGAAUUGGCUGAACGAGAAAACCAGCAAGAAGCCGCAGAAGUAAUAAGAAAACAUGCUCACAAUGGCCUGGCUGACUCCUCAGAACAACAGCAACUAAUUGAUAAAUAUACAGCAACAAUUAAUCCUGAACUUAUUGAUGUUGUUCUUAUAGAGAAGUUAUUAAAGAAAAUAUGUGUUGAUUCGAAAGAUGGUGCUAUUCUUGUUUUUCUUCCAGGGUGGGAUGAUAUAAAUAGAACGCGGGAGAGAUUACUUGCAAACCCGUUUUUUAAAGAUGGUUCCAAGUUUAUUAUAAUCUCUCUCCAUUCUAUGGUUCCUUCUGUAGAGCAGAAGAAGGUAUUUAAACGCCCACCUCAGGGUUGCCGCAAAAUUGUUCUUUCAACUAACAUUGCUGAAAGUGCCAUUACUAUUGAUGAUGUGGUAUAUGUCAUAGAUAGUGGACGCAUGAAAGAAAAAAGUUACGAUCCUUAUAAUAAUGUAUCAACACUUCAAUCAUCCUGGGUAUCUAAAGCAAGUGCAAGGCAACGAGAGGGACGUGCAGGACGUUGUCAGCCUGGAAUAUGUUAUCAUCUUUUUUCAAAACUUAGGGCAAUUUCUUUGCCAGAUUUCCAAGUUCCUGAAAUCAAGAGAAUGCCUAUUGAGGAACUUUGUUUACAGGUGAAGUUGUUCGAUCCCCAUUGCAAGAUAGCAGAUUUCUUGCGAAAGACAUUGGACCCUCCAGUUCCUGAAACCAUACGCAACGCAAUUGCUGUUCUUGAAGAUAUUGGGGCUUUAUCAGUGGAUGAAACAUUGACAGAACUUGGAGAGAAGAUUGGUUGCCUACCUGUUCAUCCAUUGACGAGCAAGAUGCUUUUCUUUGCAAUAUUGAUGAAUUGCCUGGACCCAGCUUUGACACUGGCAUGUGCAUCUGACUUCAGAAAUCCAUUUACCCUUCCUAUGCUGCCUAAUGAAAAGAAGAGAGCUACUGCUGCUAAGUCUGAGCUUGCUUCAUUGUAUGGCGGGCACAGUGAUCAGCUGGCAGUUAUAGCAGCUUUUGAGUGCUGGAAGAAUGCAAAGAAUAGAGGUCAAGAAGCAAGGUUUUGUUCGCAAUACUUUAUCUCUCGAAGUACCAUGAGUAUGCUGCAAGCCAUGCGUAAGCAGCUGCAGGGAGAGCUAAUUCGCAAGGGGUUUAUUCCUGAAGAUGUCUCUAGUUGUAGUAUGAAUGCACAUGUGCCGGGUAUUGUCCAUGCUGUCCUUGUGGCUGGUUUGUAUCCAAUGGUGGGGAGAUUCCUUCCCCCUAAAAAUGGAAAGCGUGUUGUAGAGACUGCUAGUGGUGCUAAGGUUCGGUUGCACCCUCAGUCCCUAAAUUUUAAACUAUCCUUUUGGAAAUCUAAGGACUACCCUUUGGUUAUAUAUGAUGAGAUAACCCGUGGAGAUGGGGGUAUGCAUAUAAGGAACUGUACUAUCAUUGGUCCACUGCCAUUAUUACUCCUCGCGACAGAGAUUGUAGUUGCUCCAGCAGAGGAUGAUGAUGAAGAGGACGACGACGACGACUAUGAUAGUGUAGAUGGAGCUGAAAGUGAGGAAGAUGGAAUGGAGACAGAUCACAAAUCAGGCACACAACGUGGUGAGAGGAUCAUGUCCUCUCCUGAUAAUUCAGUUACAGUUGUUGUGGAUCGGUGGCUUUAUUUUGGAUCAACAGCCCUUGAUGUUGCUCAAAUUUACUUGUUGAGAGAGCAAUUAUCUGCAGCAAUCUUAUUCAAAGUAACACAUCCUCACAAAGUACUGCCUCCUGCUAUUGGGGCCUAUAUAAAUACUACGGCUUGCAUUUUGUCCAGUGAUGGGCUAUCUGGGAUCUCAUUACCAGCAGAAUCUGUGGAGUCACUGACUUCAAUGGUCAAUGCAACUGAGAUCGACAAGUCUGCAUCAGUAAGGAGAGAUACGAGUCAGAAUCCAAAUAGCUUCCUUAGCUCUCUGAUGAACAACCACCCACAGCAGACCACUCCUUCCCAUUAUCACAACGCUAGGAGUCUAAAUCAAAGGCCUACAUUGCAAGGCCCCACUUCAGUUGGGCACAGUUCUGGAAAGCUAGGACCAUCAGGUCCAAGGGGAGAUUCCUUUAAGCGGCAGCGUGGAAAUGCAAGCAAACGGCAUGUGAGCUGCUGGUUGUUUGGGAAUAAAAUAGAAGACAUUGAUGUCGAAGUAGAUAUGAACUGGAGAUUCCGGGAUGAGAUGGAAGAAGGAGAUCAAUUAGAUGUCUGGAUUGACAUGGGUUUAAUUUGGAAUUGUUGUGAAAAGAUGUGCCAUCCACUUGCUUUACCAGCACAAUGCCCUGCAGGGUUCCCAAUGGUCAAAGAAAAGAGAACAAAGGGUAGAAGAGAAUCCAACGGCGCAUCCUAG